AUGUCGCAUCAUCCGAAGUCAUGGCAACUCGCGUGCGCAAUGUUUGGGGCACUGUCACCAUAUUACCCCCCCUCCUCCUGCUCGUCGGUGCGGGCAUUGCGUGCGACAGAGGCGCCACGACGCCCAUUGCUGGAGCCAGGCACACACACACGCACGCGGGAUAUUGGCAGCUCGUACGAAGCCGUGGCGGUCGUAGUCUCGUCCGCCUCUCCGUUCACAUGUGGACGUUGCCGAGGACUGGCCGCAUGGCCACAGCGAAAAGUUCCGUCAAAGAAAAAUUCGCGAAAAAAACGAAACCUCUGGACAGGGAUGCUCGCACGCUGGAACUGGAUGAUAUGCACGCAGCAUCAGAUCAUGGAAAAGCGUCCAACCAGCCGCGACGUGGCCGUUGGAAGGCCUGGAGAAGGCCAUCAAUUGAGGCGAGGGAUGCCAAUGCCAAUGGGGGGGCGGAUGGGGGACGUCAACCACGGCGAGAUUGACACCCGUCGCGGAGGUUUAUCGGCUACGACGCAUUCCCACAAGCAUGGUUUAGCAAGGUCCACUUAUCUCGUGCCCGGCGCGAGAUGUUAA